GAACUAUGGCUCAAAAACCCAAGCUUUACUACUUCAAUGGAAGAGGUAAAAUGGAAUCCAUACGCUGGCUCCUUGCUGCGGCUGGCGUUGAGUUUGAGGAAGUGUUUUUAGAAACAAGGGAACAGUAUGAAGCAUUACUUAAAGCGGAAGCUUUCCUCUUCCAGCAAGUUCCAAUGGUUGAAAUCGACGGCAUGAAGUUGGUACAAACUAAAGCCAUCCAACAGUAUAUCGCAGGAAAACACAAUCUUUAUGGCAAGGACCUCAAGGAGAGAGCAAUAAUUGAUAUGUAUGUGGGGGGUACCACCGAUCUUAUGGACAUCAUUUUACUCCAUCCACUCUUGCUGCCUGAAGAAAAAAAGAGGCACAUUGAGGUAAUUGGACAGAAGGCAAAGAAUAGAUACUUCCCGGUCUAUGAAAAGGUGCUACAAGAUCAUGGAGAGAUGUUCUUAGUUGGGAAUCAGUUUAGCUGGGCAGAUAUACAACUCCUGGAGGCCAUCUUAAUGGUGGAGGAAAAAUGUCCUGACAUUCUCUCUCAUUUCCCUCUGCUGCAGAGCUUCAAAAAGAGAAUAAGUGAAAUCCCUACUAUCAAGGCAUUCCAGCAACCAGGAAGUCAGCGGAAACCCUUUCCUGAUGACAAAUAUGUGGCAACAGUGAGGACAGUACUCCAGAUGUACAACAAGGUGACCUUAGGCUAGGGCGUCUAGUGCUGUAGCUACAAACACAGCACAAUGUACCAUCAGCACCCUGGUUUUAUGAUGCUUUACUACUUCUUGUUGAUUUGAGCAGUUAGUAAGAGUUGCCUGGAAGUAACAAUAAAAGUUGUGAACGACA